AUGGAUAUGACCCUCGACUCCCUUCAUGCAGGGAGUAUCAAACGCAUUCGACAAGCAUGUGCCAACUGCAGGCGUAAGAAGACCAAAUGCACUGGCGAACGGCCUAUCUGCUUGCACUGCCGUCGUAAUCGUCUGGCUUGUAUCUACGAGCCGUAUGCCACCACUAUAGGCGAUUCGAAUCAUAUGCCACCUGUUGUACCGACUGGAAACAAUCCGAAUGCGAAUAGCACAGAACUUUUGCAGCGGAUUAGCUCCAUAGAGUCUCGCCUAGCCGAACUCAGUGGACGCGGGCCGGCACAGAGCAGCAAUAACCUCCAAAAUUUUGCCUCGCCCGCAAAUCAAAUUCGACCCCCGCCAGGAGAUAACGAGGUUCCCCUGUUUACGUCGUUGUCACCUCCAACAAGCGACCAUUCGCCCUUUCCUCCAACACACGUGUUAAGAUCUGUCGUCGACACAUAUUUCGAACAUGUUCACAACCAACCAUACUCACACGUUCAAGAGGCCUCGUUUCGGCAGAAACUCCAAACCAACGCGCUGCCACGAUGUUUGAUCCUAGCCGUACUGUCUUCCGCGGUUAGAUUCUCGAGCAACGAUUACUUUAUUGGAAAGACACAAGAUGCGUCAGAGAAAUUUGCAAGAGAAUCAUGGUUAUCGGUGCUCACAGAGCAUCUGACAGUUGAGGAUAACAUCAGUGUACAUGUAGUACAAACUGUCAAUUUGCUUGCAGUUGUCGAUUACACCGCCGGUCGUGUCAGUUCAGGGUGGCUCAAAGUUGGACUUGCCGCCCGAAUAUCUCAGGACCUUCAUUUGAUGGUCGAACCCGACGAAUGGCUACCAAAUGUGGAACAGGAAGAGAGAAGACGAGCAUUUUGGUCAGCAUAUCUUAUCGACAAGCUGAUUUCUUGUGGCAGAUCACGGCCACUUGUCAUUUUGGACGAGGACUGCAACGUUCAAUUACCGUGCGAUGAACAAACGUUCAGAAAUGGAGGCUGGAAGAAGACGAACACGAUUGGCCAACUUCUUAACUGGAACUCUGAGGUUACUGAAAGCCCAAGUCCGUUCGCGCUAGUCAUGUUAAUGGCCUCGAUAUUGGGCCGAUGCACAAGAUACGUGCAUCAGAACCGCAGAGCCGAUGAAAUUCCACCCUGGGACCCGAAGUCUGAAUUCUCUGCCAUCAACUCCUCCCUACUUCUGCUUGAGUCCUAUUCAAAGGUCGGAAAUCGACCGAUGUCUGAAAUCCUGCAAAACGAGAGCCAAGCAAACAAUACUUUUGACAUACAAGAAGUUGGGCAUCUCAUAUUUGCCCAUACAAUUUUCCACCUUUGCCACUGCCUUCUGAAUCACCCGUUUCUGGUGCGCUUAAGACUGAAGGUAUUUGGGUCUAAAGCACCGGCUAGCUUCUCUGCACGCUCUCUGCGAAUAGGGUGUGAUCAUGCGAGAAAACUCGUGGAUGUUCUGCGAAACGCUUCCGAGAAUGGUCAUCAUGUUGAAUCAUCAUUCUAUGCUUAUUGUAUUGCCGUCGCCGGAGGUGUGAACUCUCUCGCAUCACAUUUUGAGCAUCAGCAGGCAGAGUGCUCACAGUCCGAUAUUUCAUACUACUUCAAUGAGUGCCUGGGUGCCCUCAAUCGACUAGGAAAGCUCUGGGUUCAUGCAGGAAAUAUGGCUGUUCGUCUGCAAGAGUUCCAUAACAUGUCCCAUCAAUUCGCCAGUCUUCUGGAUCCGACGUGCUUGAUGGAAGACCUUGAUCCCGUGUCUCAAGAGGUUCUUUGCAACCUAUUGCACGCUAUGGAUGGAAAACAGCUUUCACCUUGGAACGGUGUAGUUUCGGGGACCACUGCUGCUAUUCUGGCCAACACUCUUGUAUACCCUCUUGAUAUCGUGAAGACACGGUUACAAGUGCAAAUCCAGAAAAGAGAAUUGAAAGCCAAGGGCAGAGACACCAUCGAACAUGCCGAGUACCAUAAUGCAGUAGACACAACUCUACAUAUCCUUCGAGAAGAUGGAAUUUACGGCCUUUACAGUGGACUCAACAGCUCCAUCUGUGGAACGGCCUCCAUGAACUUUGCAUACUUCUACUGGUCCGCAGUCGCACGGGGCGUACUUCAAUCAGUCCCUCGUUUGCGUGAUCUUUCAGAAGCAAAUAAAAUCGUGAAGGAACUGGGACUUGGGGCUGUUGGCGGGGCCAUGGCCCAAUUGUGCACCAACCCAAUCGCAGUGAUUUCUACGCGACAGCAAACCCGCAAAGCUGGCGAGAAAGGAAUCUCCAUGUGGACGACUAUGAUGGAGAUUGUGCAAAGUGAGGAUGGAUGGACUGGUCUUUGGAGAGGCUUGAAAGUCAACCUCAUUCUUGUUGUGAAUCCGAUGAUCACGUAUGGUGUCUACCAAUCCCUACGAGGCCGGUUGGUGUCGCUCAAGAAAGAGCUCAGCUCUCUGGAUGCCUUCUUACUCGGCGCCCUUUCGAAAGUACUCGCGACCAUCGCCACCCAUCCACUCAUAGUGGCCAAGACCAUGUUGCAAUCCAAACCGCCCGAGUGUCGGAAUGGCAAGCCUUUCAAGGGAUUUACCGAAGCUCUUGCCUACGUCAUAAGCAAUGAGGGGUUCUUUCGACUGUACAAAGGGCUUGCCCCACAGAUCAUCAAAGGGUUUUUGGUUCAGGGGCUAAUGAUGAUGUUGAAGGAGAGGACUGAGGUUCUACUUAUUAUGGCAAUCUCCUUGCACAGGAGACGGGUGCAGCGUCUAUCAUGA